AUGAUUCCACUGAAGGGAUCCUCAUCAUGGACCUCCUGCUUCGUUGCACUGACAGCUGUCAGCUUCCUGAUCACCCCAGCGGUAUCGGUCAAGCAUGCCAACUUCAAAACGUGCGAGCAGUCAGGAUUCUGCAAACGUAAUCGGCUGUUUGCCGAUGCUGCUGACUCUCUUGGGUCCGAAUGGCAAUCCGGAUACGCCCUCGAUCCUUCCUCAAUCAAACUGACUGGCGGCCAAUUUACGGGCAACAUCUUGAAGUCGAUAGUCGGGCUCGAAGAAAAGAUUGUACUACCACUGACGGUGUCGUUUUUGGAAUCUGGCGUUGCUAGGGUCACACUUGACGAAGAGAAGCGCCUGAAAGGCGAAAUUGAACUAAGACAUGACAGCAAAGCUAGAAAAGAGCGCUACAAUGAAGCUGAGAAAUGGGCUAUCGUUGGUGGUCUGCAAUUAAGCACAAGUGCUGCCAUCAAUAAGGAAGCUGAGCAAGGUACUACGAGAGUUUUGUAUGGGCCGGCCGGAAGCUUCGAGGCAGUCAUUAAACAUUCACCCUUCUCAGUCGAUUUCAAAAGAGAUGGUACUACGCAAAUCAAGUUCAGCGAGCGUGGCUUGCUCAGUAUGGAACAUUGGCGACCUCAGAUUGAGAAGCCCGCACCGCCUGAGGUCAAAGAGGGUGAAGAAGCGCCACCUCCUCCAGCCGAAGAUCCAGAUAAGCCUGUGUAUGAUGAGAGUACAUGGUGGGACGAGUCCUUCGGUGGCAAUACAGACUCGAAGCCUCGUGGGCCAGAGAGUGUUGGGCUGGAUAUCACUUUCCCAGGCUACGAGCAUGUAUAUGGAAUACCUUCUCAUGCAAGUUCUUUGUCAUUGAAGGAGACUCGUGGCGGCGAUGGCCAAUAUAGCGAGCCGUACCGCUUGUACAACUCGGAUGUCUUCGAAUACGAAAUGGACAGUCCGAUGACUCUCUACGGAGCGAUUCCACUUAUGCAUGCCCAUCGCAAAGAUUCCACUGUCGCCAUCUUUUGGCUGAAUGCAGCUGAAACUUGGGUGGAUAUCACAAAAUCAAAGUCUACUGCCAACCCUCUGAGUCUGGGAAUUGGCUCACACACCGAUACUCGCACUCAUUGGUUUUCGGAGAGUGGGUUGCUAGAUGUCUUUGUUUUUCUAGGGCCCACCCCCAAAGACAUCACCCAAAAGUAUGGCGAGCUAACCGGAUACACACAACUCCCUCAGUCUUUUGCAAUUGCAUACCACCAAUGCAGAUGGAAUUAUGUCAGCGACAACGAUGUAAUUGAUGUUGAUCGCAAGUUUGACAAGCACAAGAUACCAUACGACGUAAUCUGGUUGGAUAUUGAGUACACUCAAGAGAAGAAAUACUUUACCUGGGACCCAAUGACUUUCGCCAAUCCUAUCAAGAUGCACGAUCAUCUUGACAAGAAAGAUCGGAAGCUUGUUGCCAUCAUUGAUCCUCACAUCAAAAAUACUGACAACUAUCCUGUUGUCGAAGAGCUGAAAAAGAAGGAACUCGCAGUGAAGAACAAAGAAGGUAACAUAUACGAAGGAUGGUGUUGGCCGGGUUCUUCCCACUGGAUUGACUGUUUCAAUCCGGCGGCCAUUACGUGGUGGAAGACACUGUUCAAGUACGAAAAAUUCGCAGGUACAGCGCCAAACACAUUCAUUUGGAACGACAUGAACGAGCCUUCUGUGUUUAACGGUCCGGAAACCACAAUGCCGAAAGACAAUCUGCAUCAUGGCAACUGGGAGCACCGAGACGUUCACAAUAUCAAUGGGAUGACAUUCGUCAAUGCCACAUACCAAGCCAUGGUCGAGCGCAAGAGAGGAGAGCAACGCCGCCCAUUCGUUCUAACUCGUUCCUUUUAUGCUGGAAGUCAACGAUUGGGUGCCAUGUGGACUGGAGACAACCAAGCUAAUUGGGAUCAUUUGGCCGCAUCAAUACCUAUGGUGCUAAGCCAAGGCAUAGGAGGUUUUCCCUUUGCUGGCGCUGACGUGGGAGGAUUCUUUGGUAAUCCAGAAAAAGACCUGCUCACACGGUGGUAUCAAGCUGGAAUCUUUUAUCCGUUCAUGCGCGGUCAUGCACACAUUGACACUCGUCGACGUGAGCCAUAUCUUGCUGGAGAGCCGUAUACGGGGAUUAUCAGUCAAGCACUUCGACUCAGAUAUGCGCUACUGCCCGCAUGGUACACUGCGUUCCACCAGGCCAGCGUCGACGGCUCGCCAAUCGUACGACCUAACUUCUUCGUUCACCCGACCGAUGACAAGGGCUUUGCAAUCGACGACCAGUUGUACCUUGGCGAUACUGGUCUUCUGGCCAAGCCUGUAACCAAAGAAGGUGCUGAUAGUGUUGACAUCUACAUCGCCGAUGAUGAGCCUUACUAUGAUUAUUUCGACUACACUAUUUACUUAGGCAAAGGGACGAAAACUAUCAAGGCGCCUUUGGAAAAGAUUCCAUUGCUUAUGCAAGGCGGGCAUAUCAUUCCUCGCCGUGAUCGCCCUCGUCGUAGCAGCGGUCUUAUGCGUUACGAUCCAUACACUCUCGUCUUGGUACUUGACAAGGAGGGCAACGCCCAAGGUACCCUCUACGUCGAUGAUGGCGACUCUUUUGACUACAUAUCUGGUGGUUACAUUCACAGGAAUUUUGAAUAUAGCUCCGCAACUAGCACCCUCCAAUCGACCGAUCUUAACCCAGAUCCUAAUGCAAAGGGAUCUAAGACGGCCGCAUAUCUGAAGACGAUGUCGAGCGUCACAGUCGAAAAGAUUCUCAUUAUUAGUGCGCCCAAGGAGUGGAAGCAGCGUACUCAGGUCUCCAUUAGCGAAGAGGGUGUCAAAGAUAGCUUGAAGAAGCGAACAGUCGAGCUCACGUAUCAUGAAGGGAGCAAAGGUCAAGCCAACUGGGCUGUUGUACGGAAACCAGAUCUUUCUAUCGGGAAGGGCUGGAAAAUCGACUUUGGCGGUACCGAAUAGAGGAGAAUUGUAACGAGAUUGAUGUAUAAGAGAUGUAAUAGCAACAUAAACACUUGAGCAACACCUCGGAUUGAGCAGUACGAGACUACUGUGUGAAGCAAUAGACUGUCUGUAAUAUACACAAUAGACGCCAAGCGCUCAAUAGAAACCUCGAAGCCCUUCUGUGAUCCGACACAGCUGGAAUAUGUCUCUGAGCGAAUAUGAAACAACGCCGUGCAAAAUUGGCGACUGGGCCAAUUUACAUAUCCGUUCCGUCACUAGUGCAAUAUGUCAACGGUGAUACCUAACGUCUUGGCUCAGUGUAGUAUUGGAUGCAGCCCAACAAGCCUGGCUUAUAUACGCAGUCAAUCUAAG